AUGAAUAACGGGGAGGUUGGAGGAUCCCGAGGCAGAGGCCGUGGUUGGCAACAUCCCGACAACAAACCUCGUGAGCUUCGCCGGCCUAAAUCUGUGGCUGAUGAUACAAAAGUCGAACCAUCUAAGUCAAAAUUAUCAGCAGAAGCCAAAGAAUGGUACCCACCCAACUAUGUUGCUCAAGCUCCAGUAGUGUAUGCACCGGACCCUCACAGAUUACCACGUUUUUCUGUACAAGAUAGGAUAAGGCAGGCCCAAGACCAAGAUCCUUACAAUUUUGAAGAUAUGUCGUAUUCACUUGAAGAAACUGAUAUGAAUUUAAGGGAGAAUAUAGCCAACUUGAUAACAGUUAUGUGUGAGAUAACAUUUGACCCAGGCAAGUUUGACACCUUAUGUGGUCCAUUGGUGGAUUCUUUUAUUUUGACUUUAAAUGAUGCUAACUACACUCGCCCACUCGUUGAAGCUAUUGUUAAUCAGUCAAUUGCUGAAGCAAACUUCCGUUACAAUGGAGCUCGUCUAUGCUCCAUGUACGACUCGGUGGCUUCUCCAGAAGACUCUACUUUCCGUGCAUGUCUGCUUGAGCGUUGCUUGGCAGAAGAGAAUAAAAUCAUUAGUGGUCAUGAGACUUCAGAGGAAAAUAUGCGUGGAUUUGCUAUGUUUUUAGCUGAAAUAUAUACACAGCUGGAAGAUAGUCAGGGAGGAAGAAUCAGGUCAUUAGGUGAAAGCCUUUGUAAGGUAUUUUUACACCUGUUAGAUACUGACAAAGAAACCAAUAUAAAAGCAGUGUGUCAAUUAUUGAAACUGUCAGGAAUAGCCCUGGACGCGGACUGCCCGGCGAGCAUGCACUUGGCGUUCGAGCGGCUCAAGUACCGCUCGCACAUGCCGAGCGUGCGGCACGUGCUGGCGCUGCGGGCGUCGCGCUGGGGAGUGGCCGACAGUGAGCCCGACUCGCGCCUGCAGGCCGACUCGCGUCGUCGACACCCUACUAGUGUGACGAACUCGCACGCGAGCGCGGAGGCGGAGCUGGUGGGCUACCUGGCGGACGGGCAGGCGCUCACGCUGGAGGAGUGCAACUUCCUGCAGAGCAACCUGCCGCCCAAGCCCGCCGCCCUCGACGACGACAUACUGGAGGAGUUAGAAAACGAGGCGUGGGACACCGGCAUGGACGAGGAGAUGCAGAUCGGCUACCUCGAGUUCCUCAAGAUGUCCAACCAGAUCAAGCGA